AUUUCUUUCUUUUGCGUUCGAAUAAUUUCGCAUUUUCUUAUUUAAAAUGUUCCCAAUGAGAAGGUGUUUGCCUCUUCUAGCUAAACAGCGGAUGUACACAACGAGUAUAUCGCAACCUGUUGCGGUACGUAUUGUCGAAGUUGGUCCACGGGAUGGUCUACAGAAUGAACCAAAGAUUUUACCAGCUUCGAUCAAAAUUGAUUUGAUUAAUAAACUAUCGGAAACCGGUCUUCGUACAAUCGAGGCUACGAGCUUCGUGAGUGCCAAAUGGGUACCACAGAUGGCAGAUAAUACGGAUGUUCUGAAAGGAAUCAACAAGUGGCCAGGCAUUUCGUAUCCCGUAUUAACACCCAAUAUAAAAGGCUUUCAGGCGGCGGUUGCGGCUGGUGCUGAAGAAGUGGCUGUUUUCGGGGCGGCUUCCGAGAGCUUUUCUCAAAAGAAUGUUAACUGUUCCGUCGAGGAAAGCAUCACCCGAUUUAAGGAUGUUAUGGAUGCGGCGAAAAAAAGAAAUGUUAAGGUUCGGGGAUAUGUCUCAACGGUUGUAGGUUGUCCUUAUGAAGGUAAAAUAAAGCCAUCUGCAGUGGUGCGCGUUGUAGAUAAAUUACUCGAGAUGGGCUGCUAUGAGAUAUCACUUGGUGAUACGAUUGGCGUUGGUACACCAGGCUCUUUCUCGGAGAUGUUACGAGAAGUGACCAAAAUUGCUCCAGUCAAUAUGCUUGCUGUGCAUUGCCACGAUACGUACGGACAGGCACUACCGAACAUACUUACAUCUUUGAAUUUCGGAAUUGCCGUGGUGGAUGCGUCGGUCUCAGGACUGGGUGGCUGUCCGUAUGCACGUGGCGCAUCCGGAAAUGCGGCCACAGAAGAUGUGGUGUACAUGCUUCACGGGCUUGGCAUCGACACUGGAAUCGAUCUGGCGAAGCUGGUCAACGUGGGAAAAUUCAUCUGUGAAAAACUCGAGCGCCCAUCAGAAUCAAAGGUGAACCGGGCGAUGAGAAAUACCAAUCCAAAUACAAUCUGAAAACUCAAAAGAAACCAACCUGCCAAGGGCAAAAAUAGCUGAAUAAGCGGAGCCAACAGUGCAUUUAUUAUCGUUACGUAUUUUAUAA